GCGAAAAAAAAAGAAAGUAUUCUCAUUCCAAAGCAAGAUUGGAACCGCAACGACCCACCAACAAUGGCGAUUUGAAUUCCCUUCCAACUCCCAGACUGACUGACUGACUGACUACUCCUGGUCAGAAAUUCACAACAACUUUCCAAUCAACUGCAGUGCCUGCCGCGUUAUAAUCGACUACAUAUACUUGCAAAUCGACGAUCUUGCAAUUUCUCCAUUGAAUUUCACCGUUCCGGUGCGCUCUCCGGUGGAUCGGUGCAAAUAAAUUGCUUAGGAUGGGCGGCGGCGAUUCUGGAGACCGCCGCAGCGCGAGGGAAAUCGUAUGCGAUGCCUCGGCCGGCGCAGCCGCGGGUGCAAUUGCAGCUACAUUUGUUUGUCCAUUGGAUGUGAUCAAGACGAGGCUUCAAGUCUAUGGUUUGCCGGCAAUGCAGUCUUCUGGUCGUGCAGGCAGUGUUAUUCUUGUGAGCCUACAGCAUAUACUCCGGAACGAAGGUGUGAAGGGGCUUUACUGUGGAUUGACGCCAACAUUGGCUGCAUUACUCCCAAAUUGGGCGGUGUAUUUCACAGUUUAUGGACAUCUUAAAGACCUAUUACAUACAUAUGGCAAUACCAAGGGCGAGCUAUCAAUUGCGUCAAAUGCGAUAGCUGCUGCCGGAGCCGGUGCUGCAACAGCGAUUGCUAUAAACCCAUUAUGGGUUGUCAAGACACGACUUCAAACUCAAGGAAUGAGACAAGGCGUGGUUCCUUACAAGAGUAUAUUUUCUGCAUUGAGACGAAUCCUACAUGAAGAAGGAUUUCGAGGCUGGUACAGUGGCCUUCUACCUUCAUUGGCUGGAAUUAGUCACGUCGCCAUCCAGUUCCCUACAUACGAAAGGAUAAAAUUGUACUUAGCCAAGCGAGAAAAUAAAAGAAUCGACGAGCUCAGAACCUGGGAAGUUGCUAUUGCCUCAUCGUUUUCAAAAGUAGUUGCUUCCGUCUCGACUUAUCCUCACGAGGUAAUCCGAUCGAGGCUACAAGAGCAGGGGCAAUUAAGGAAUCCCGACGCUCAUUCACACUACGCAGGCGUCGUCGAUUGCGUCAAGAAAGUGUUCAAAACGGAAGGCGUCCCGGGUUUCUACCGCGGAUGCGCCACAAAUCUCAUGCGAACCACCCCGAAUGCCGUGAUCACGUUCACGAGCUACGAGAUGAUCCACCGAUUCCUGCUGCAUUUGUCGUCGCCGCAGGAGAAGCACCCGGAGCCCCAACCGACACCCGGCAGCGGCGCCGUCGAAUCCCGCCGGGGAAAUGCAGAUAACAGCGGCGCCUUACACCAGAAUGUAAGUCCUUCUAACGACAGAACUCAUUUAAUCCCUUUGGGUAAUAGUGAUCAGCUAACUUCUAACCAUUGAGUAAAAAAAAUUUAAAAAUUUAAAAAAUUACUACUAAAAUAUAUAUUUAUAUACACAUAUUUAUUUGAAUUGAAUAAAAAUUUGCAGCUGGGAGAAAAUCCUUUUUGUUGUAUCUGAUUGUUCUGUUCUGGUCCCGCCAUUAUUCAUUGUGGCCAAUGUUUUUGAGCGAGCCUUUAAAUAUAUAUAUUUUUUUUGUAAUAUUAUUAUAGGACUGUCCAAUAAAAAUAUUAAUUAUUUCUACCGCUAACCGCUAUUAUAUAUAUUGUAUAAUAUAA